AUGGCAAGAUCUAAAGGAAGACAAUCAAAACCAAGCAAGGUUCCUGAAGAGGACUUUGGUAUGACUGAAGUUGAUGCAUUCCAUGCUGCAAAGGAUAAAUUACUCUUAGACGAUUCACAUCCAAUUUAUCAAGGAAAUGAUGAUGAAGAUAGUGAUGAGGAAGUUAUGGGUGUUGAUGAUGAUAGUCAAGUAGAACUUAGUGAAGAAGAUGAGGACGAAGAUGAUGAUGACGAACAAUUUUUUGGUAAAAAAGAUGAAGAUCUUGAAGACCUUGAAGAUGAUGAUGAUACCGCUUGGGGUUCAAGAAAAAGUGCAUAUUAUGGUGCUGAUAAAUUAGAUGACGAUGAAGCUGCUAAAUUACAAGAAGAAGAGGCUCUUCGUAUGCAAAAGAAACAUUUGGAAGAACUUGAGUUGGAUGAUUACGUUGAUGAAGAACUUGAAGAAGAAUGGAAAAAUAGUGCUAAAAAACAUGAUUUUGGUAAUACACUUCCCUCCACUAGUGAAAAAUCUGAUUCUGCUCAAAAUUUUGUGAAUUUAGAUCCUAAAGCUAAGAAGAAACAUAUAAUCAGCGCACAUCCAGAAUUCUUCCCAUUAUCAAAAGAAUUAUCAAGAUUAAAACCAAUUUUAGACGAAUUAAGAGAACAAAAAGAUCAAAGUGAAGUAUCAAAUGUUAAAUUCACUGCUUUAUCAGCUUACUUAGGUGCUAUAAGUUCAUAUUUUGCUAUAUUUUUAGCUUCAUUAAAAGAAGAGGAACCAUUUUCAUUAAAAGAACAUCCAGUUAUGGAAGGUAUACUGAGUUCAAAAGAAGUAUGGAGACAAGCUGAAGAAUUGGAAGAUGUUGAAGAUAUUGAAUCAGAUGAUGAGGAACUAGUCGAUACCACUGCUAAUAAUGAAGAACAACUAGAAGGUUCAGAUGAUGAAUCAAGUGAUGAUGAUGUCUUUGAUUCUGCAAGUGAGGAAGCUGAUUCAAUCCCAGAUAAUGAGCCAGAAAGUGACUUAGAAAUUGAUAUUUCCAAACCACGUAAUUUCAAAAAAGUCAAACCACAAGCUACUGAAGAUUUUGCUGAAGGUGAUAUUGCAGAUGUUGAUGCUGAAGAAAAGAAAAGUCGUAAACGUACCUUACGUUUCUACACCUCUAAAAUUGAUCAACAAGCUAAGAAGAAAGAUGAGAAAUAUACCGGUGAUUUGGAUAUUCCAUAUAAAGAACGUUUAUUUGAAAGACAACAAAGGCUAAUAGAGGAAGCUCGUAAACGUGGUUUACGUGAUGAUAAUGGUGCUGAUUUAGAUGCCGAAGGUGAUUAUGAUUCACAAGAUGAAAAAGAUGCUAAAGAAGUGAAUGGUGGCUUCGAUGACGAUUACUACAACACACUUAAAUCUAAUAAAACUGAAAGUAAAGCUGCAAGAAAAGAAGCUCAUGAACAAGCUGUCAAAGCUGCUAAAGAAGGUAGAUUGGCCGAAUUACAAGAAGAUCUUGGUGAUGAUGGUAAACGUGCUAUUAAUUACCAAAUUUUGAAGAACAAAGGUCUAACUCCACAUCGUAAGAAGGAUAACAGAAAUUCACGUGUUAAGAAGAGAAAGAAGUACGAAAAGGCUCAAAAGAAACUCAAAUCUACUCGUGCUGUAUUUACUCAACCUACUGGUGCUUAUGAAGGUGAAAAAACUGGUAUCAAAAAGAAUUUAUCAAAAUCUGUCAAAUUUUAA